AUGAAGUUCCUCACUAUCCUCUCCACCGCCCUCUUUGUCGCCUUUGUGGCAGCUACUCCUGCCAACGAGGAUAUGGCGAAGCGACAGGCUCUUGACGAUGGCUGUCAAACUGAACAGGCUAGUGACUGCUGCUACUCUUGCUGGGAUCAAUACGCCAACGAUCAUACCUUUGAUACGGGCAGCUGUUGCAGCCGCUGUGGCUGUCAAUAG